AGUUGUAGUUUGCACCAGUGUUGGAAGUGAGCUGCUCGCCUUGCUUCCUGCUUUGGUUUCUUGUUUUUCUACUAAAAGAAAACUCAGCAGGGUAAGACGAAACUAAGCAGCUGCCCAGAGCUGUGGGAGAAACAUCAGGAGGCUCACCGUAAUGCUCGAUCGGGCCGAAGAGUGAAGCACAUUCCUGGAGGAGCUGAGAGCAAAACCUGCCUGCUCGCACCGUCCCCGCGUCAAGAUGUCCUCCAGUUUAAGUUGCUGGAACAACUGGGAACAAGGAUGUGUGUUGCCAUGGUGAUCAUCUACAAGAAAACACUGGGGAAAAAGGCUGGCGACGAUGUAACCUCCACACGUACGGACUUGGGCACGUUUCAGGCACAAACCAUGAGCCAGGGUGCAGCACUUUUCUCUUGUGGACUCAUGGGGACCAGUCGGUGGCGUGAGGUGGGGCACAGCUGUGCGUUACAGCAGCGGCCAGUAGGAACCAGUCUGGAGAGCCUGUGGGACGUCCUGCCUGAGGUGCACAGAACUUCUACCCACUGGGACUGGGACGUUGGCACCAAAUCCAGCACAAUCACCAGUUUGCUGCAGGACCUGAGCUUGACUGAGGCUGCCUCCUCCCACGCUACCGCGCCUCCCAGCAAACGUCAGUGCCGGUCCCUGUCUUGUUCAGGUGAGCUUGGAAGUUGCCGCUCCACCUGGCGCCCUCAGGGCUCCCGCGUGUGGACGGCCGUGGAGAAGAGGAGGUGCCACAGCGGAGGCAGCGUUCAGCGCGGCAGCGUUGGAAACACACAGGUGGGCUUCCCCGCCAUGCAGCGCAGUUCCAGCUUCAGCUUACCUGCCUGCUCAAACACUGUGGAGCCGCUGUGCUUCACCCAGCACUUCCCACAACCGUCUGCCUUCACCGGCCUCACACCCUCAUCCGAGCCCUCAGCCCAGCCCUGCUACCUCUCUCAUGAACAAAUCUGCCUCCCCGAGGCUCAAGGAUCGUCGCCGCCCAGCUCCCCUGACUCCACUCCAGAGCUGGAGCGUCGCGGCGGUCAGGGCGGCCUCGCCCGCAGUCGCUCACAGCCAUGUGUCCUCAAUGACAAGAAGAUUGGAGUGAAGCGCAGGAGACCAGCUGACUCACACAAACAGAGGCCUUCGCUGGAUCUGGCUAAGAUGACCCAGAAACUUCGGAAUUUCCACAGCCUUAGCUGCCCUGGCAUCCCAGGCGACGACCUCAGCGCGCCAGGCCAGGCGGCACCCACUCUCAGGUGCAACACCGACGACUUGUCUGAAAACGAAGACGGCUCGGAGGACGUUGGGAGUUGGCCCAAAGAUGGCGAGCCCACCAGGAACGAGUCGGCCACGGAGGAGGCGGACAGGAACCUCAUAAACUGCCGCACCUCGACCGCAGGAACGACUGGCGGGAAGGACGGCGAGCCUCUGUGGGCGGGGCUGUGCAGCAUGAGGAGGGACGUGUACCAGCUUGGAGGAGAGCUCGACAUCGAGCAGAUCGAAAGGAACUGAGCUGCUUUCCUUCUGAGGGAAGAUGAAUUAAGGGGCUGGAAGUUUAUCACCAGGUGGUACAACAAACUGCUGAGAGUCUUAAGGACAAAGCGACGGAGAGCUCCUGCAGAGAGCGUUCCAGGGCUCGUCUUUUUCUGUUUUCAAGGAGGGACCGAACGGGCGUUUUAUGCUUUAAAUGUCCAUGUUUGGGGACUGUGUUCAGAAGCGACUCCCCCACUACAGUUUUUUGUGUCUCAGGAGAAAAUGCAAGUCAGGGAAGGUGGAUCCGAGUGGAAGUAGAAUGGAUAAAUUUCAAAAUGUAAUCUUAACCUGAUUAGCCUACUUGUGCUUUGUUUGUAGAGAAUUCACAGCAGGCUUGUAUAAAUUCUCUGCACUUGAAAGUGUCUUCUCCUCUGACGUUCUUAACUAGCACAUAGGUACACGAUGGAGAGAAAUGGUCACCACUUAAAGAGCUACUGAUGUUGAAGCCUCUUUCACUCUUACUGAGCAACAAGCCAUACACACACACACACACACACCUACAAUAUAUACUGAAGAGCUUAACGUUGUACUCUGUAGCUUCAGGCUUACCUGUGAGAUCUAUUCUCUGAAUGUCUGAAAUGUACUUCAAGAUGAUAACAG